AGCUGUCAGAGCUUAUGAUGUAAAUAUAUGAUAUAACCUACAAAUUACACAUAAUAAUUAUUUUAAUUUCUAUAUUUAUUCAAAAAAGAUGAGGAUUACAAAUUUAGCGAUGGCCAUGAAAGGAGCUAGGGCUCCUCAAACAGAGCCCAUUCCCUUCCAAGAAAUUUUACCUUUAAAAUUAAAGAACAAAGUUUCUGGAAAAGGUGACAAGAAUAAAUCUGUGAGCUGUCUCCACGAAAUGUCCAUCCUUUUUGCGUGCUUCAAAGACAAUGAUUUUAGUCAAACUAUUUGUGCAAACGAAAUAGCAAAUUUUCAAAAAUGCCAUAAAGCUGCCCUGGAUAAAAAAUUUAGAAAAAGAGCAGGAAUUAAAGGAAUUAUGAAACCAGGACAAAAAGAUUUAUCACAUCGUCAAGUUAAUAGAAUAUUAAAGGGAUACCCAAAUCCAUAG